CCAAUAGUACAACGCCAGAAGUUACGCGAGAAAGCUCUCAAGCAAAUAAGCAGCAGCAGCAGCUAGUUAGUUCUCGAUAGUUCAGGGCAACAACACGGUUUCACAGUUCUGUGGUGCGGAUUUGUUGUUGCUAAUUGUAUACGCGAGAAGAUUUGCUGCGCGAAUUUCGUUGCUGGUCGAUACGUCGAUGUUGUUGUUGUCUUCAGAGUUGUUGAUGCGUAGUUGACCGGGUUUGGAUCAAGAGCUGCGAAUGUAGAGCAAGUUUGAUUGCGCGAUUGCGGGUUUUGCGUUCAAUUCCGGAGUUUCAGCGAGGGGAGGGAUAAAGAAUAGUGCGUAGUUGUGAUUCGUCGUAGUCGUUGCCGUCCGGAUUUCUUCGUGACUACCGCUUUCCCAGCGGUUUUGUACCGUUGCUUCCGUUUUUACGAGUGUUGUUUUGUCGUCGACCACAAACCACGAACCUCCUCCGAAGAGAAGAAGAAUAACGCAGUGAGACACCGAAAGUCGUCACCAGAGAAGAAGCCGUAUACUGGAUACCUUCUACAGCUGCUGGUACAGACCAACUCAGUGUUCAGAGCCAGUACCGAAACCAAGAAGUAAUUUUCGUAAACAGUAUCAGUGAAUGUCCGAAAACAUCAAUCAGUAAUCCAGUUAUCAGCAACAACAACAACAACAACAAAAUCAUCAACAGCUGCAGCCAUACAACCGAAACCGAAGUCGUAGUUUGAGUGUGUGUUCGAAGGAAAAGAAAAAAAAGAAGCCCUCAAAGAAGACAUUCGGUGCAGUGUUUGUUAUUGGGGCAUAGAACUGAUAAAAUACAGCAGAAACAACAACCACAACAAAAAUCGCUGACCGCGUUUAGCACCCGAGCAGCAACGGUUGUCAACCCCGCGACGACAAAGAAGACGCUCCGUGUCUGACAUUGACCGCGAAUGUCGACGCCAGUGUGAAGAAAAAAGAGGGCAGUGUCAGCGCGAAACCGGAACCGGAACCAGAGGAGGAGUGAGCGGGGUGCAGUGAGCUCAGCGACCGAGCCAUACAGGAACUUCGACGGAUGCACAUAUCCCUACUUAGUUUGCUGUUCGAAGAAGCGGCCACCCAAGGGCACGCAAACGGGCAAUCGUCGUCGUCGUCGCACUCGACAGGAAGUGGCAAUAUGGUGAAAACGUUCCAAGCCUACCUGCCGCCAACGAACCGAACGUAUUCCUGUGUCCACUGCCGGGCCCAUCUAGCUAGUCACGAUGAGCUAAUAUCGAAAUCGUUCCAGGGAAGCCAGGGCCGGGCGUAUCUCUUCAACUCGGUGGUCAACGUCGCUUGUGGCCAGGCCGAAGAACGCGUCCUGCUGACUGGUCUCCACGCGGUAGCUGACAUCUACUGCGAAUGCUGUAAAACGCCCUUAGGGUGGAAAUAUGAGCACGCCUUCGAGUCCAGCCAAAAGUACAAGGAGGGCAAGUACAUCAUAGAGCUCGCCCACAUGAUCAAGGAAAACGGCUGGGAUUGAUCGCCGAGCGAGAGUUAUUUUUGAUAAAAUCAAUUCGUCACCGUCGCCGUCGCCGCCGUCGUCAUCGUAAAUUAGAUUAGCGAAUUGUUGAACGCCAACCCCGCCAGCCAGCCCCCGCAAAUCAUACAAAACAUACAAAAAACACAAUGUGCGUCGUCGGGAAGCCGGAAAAGGUGCCACCCACGGCCAUCCCCGCGACCUCCGGGGCACAAAUCGACUCUGCCACUACUACUGCUGCUGCGGCGCGGGUUGGAGGUGGUCACCCUUUUUCCCACCCCGGCGACCACAAAAUACGCCGUGCAUCGUCUACUUUCCAGUCCCUUUUUUGUGUUUUCUGCCCGAUUUUAGUUUGUAAAACUUCAUCUUUUGUGGAUUUUCUUAAAAUUUGUUCCUUUAAGUCGAUUUUGUCUCAUUAGAAAAUUAUUAGUAUUGUUUUAUCAAGAGGAAAUUUCGUUUACAAUCUUAAAUUUCAAUAAUUUUAAUGAUUUCACAAAACAUAACCUAAAAAAUCGGAAGCUUUUGUCCCCCUCUCCUUAACGAACAACAACUUUGCAUAAGAUAGCCGAACAAGAUUAACACUACUUUAUGGAUUAGUGAAAAAUUACUAAACGUCGUCAGUCGCGGAUCGGAGCAAGAGAGAGAGAGAGAGAAGAUAAGUGUUGAAGAGAGCGCGUGAUAGCGUAAAAGAGAGCGAGUGAAAUGCGUUUGUGCGCUUGUGUUAGUGGGGAGAGCGAAAGAACAAGAUCUGUCAACGCAGGUAAAGAUGAGCAGCAGCAGCAGAAAGAGAUGGAAAGAGUGAGAAUGAGGGAGAAAUCUAAAAUGGAGAUGGAGGAACGCGAGAGAGAAAAUGCGAGAGUGAUAUUAGUUUUACGAAUGUUUCAAGUGAGAUAACAUUUAUAAAGAACCGUAUUUUAGUCGAAAUAUACACGUCUAAGAGAGAAAAAAACUAGCUUUAGUUCUACGAGAAGAAAACAAGAAAACUGGAAGCGGAAAGAGGAUAACAAGACAUUAAAAUGUUUGCACUCCCACACACAAUCACACACACUUAUGGUUUUAUAAAUCAGAAGUUAGUUGAUUGUGCAAUUUUGCGUGCGAAAACAGACAUCAAAAACACAAACACACUCACACACAACAUGUUCAAGGAAUUUCAGUUUUCGUUUUCUUUUCGUUCUUCGGAGAUAGCGAUUGUGAUCAACCGUAAUAUUACAGUUAUAAUGUAUUUUUUUUAUUAAAACAAUAACAAUAAAAAGAAAACAACUUUUUUGUGCAGAAUA